CCUCCGCGGGCUGGCUGGAAUGAAUUGUGGAGGCGUUGAGCAGUUUGUGUGGAGUGGGGUGAUGACAUGGGCUGGGUGCUGGAUAAGUCCACUGAAUGGAAAAGCAACUUCGACUUCAACUGGCUUGGAGAAGAAAAACAGUGAUUUAACGGGGCGAAAAUACUUUACUUAAGCAAAACUGGCUAGAAUUUGUUGAUACAAGCAAUCGUUCUGUUUUGUCUUUUGUCUAGAUUGUCAGAAAAUUAGCAACAGGUAUGCGUAAAUUAACUAACGUUAGCUAGCCAGCUAACGUUAAUAAUCAAGUCUGUAGUUAAUUAGCCUUGCUAGCUAGCUAUCUAACGUUAGCUAAAAUGUACACACUUCUGAUUGGAAGGGACGCUCGUAGUUUUUGGGGAACUUUCCACGAGUUUAUUACAUUGCAUUGAUGUCUCAUUUUUGAGUUAUGCUUUCAAGAAAGAAAAGUAAAAGUGAGGCGUCGAAACCAGCGGAGGUACACGGGAAAUAUGUCAAGAAGGAGACCUCACCAGUCCUGAGAAAUCUCAUGCCCUCAUUCAUCCGACAUGGACCCACUAUUCCCAGACGCACAGAGGUCCCUCUGCCGGAGCCAGGACCCUCAGCUUACCCAGUGGGACCCAGCCCUGAGCCUGUGGUGGCCCGCAACAAGAGCUUCAUGCGCGCCCCUGUGCAGAGACCACCCCACGAGGUGGCUCGGAGGGAAAGCCAUAGGAUGUCAGCCCCUCCGUACUUACCACGUAGCCUGGGAGAUAUAACCCACGAGUACGGAGGCUCCUCACAGUCCUUCCUCACGGACGUGAGCCCCGCGGCUGAGAACGGGGACACUGGACGCUACUACUACCCUCCGCCUCCGGAGCCUUACUACGACAGCCAGCAGCAGCAGAGACGGCCUCAGCCCAGGCCACAGCAGCCCAGAGCACCUGAACGCUUCCAUGAGGACUAUAGAUACUAUGAACACAACGAACAUCCAAACUUCCAAAGACUACCACCACAACAACACACCUCCCCGACCCCCAACAGACCGCCAACAGGUAUCGGUCUGAUGCAGGCUAAGUCUCUGGGGAACCUGUCCAGUCCGAGCGGCGAGGACCUCCCCCUGCCCCGUGGUUGGACGGUAGACUGGACCAUCCGAGGCAGGAAGUACUACAUCGACCACAACACCAACACCACCCACUGGUCCCACCCCCUGGAGCGGGAGGGUCUGCCCCCUGGCUGGGAGAAGGUGGAGUCGGCUGAGUUUGGAACCUACUACGUAGACCACGUCAACAAGAGGGCCCAGUAUAGACACCCCUGUGCUCCUAGCGUGCCUCGUUAUGACCAGCCCCCUCCCUUGCCCCCUCCGGUAGUGUACCAGCCUCGCCCCUCAGAGAGGAACCAUCCAGUGAUGGUCCCAGCCAACCCGUACCACACGGCAGAGAUCCCUGACUGGCUGCAGGUGUACGCCCGCGCCCCGCUCAAGUAUGACCACAUCCUGAAGUGGGAGCUGUUCCAGCUGGUGGAUCUGGACACGUACCAGGGCAUGUUGAAGCUGCUCUUCAUGAAGGAACUGGAGCGCAUCGUCAAGUCCUACGAGGCCUACCGUCAGGCCCUGCUGUCUGAGGUGGACCAAAGGAAACCGAGGCAGCAGUGGUACGCUCAGGCCCAGCAGCAGUUAGGCAAGAACUUCACAGGGAACAUGUGAACUGGGUCGUAAUUCACUAGGAAGCAAACAGGGGGACAAAACAAGGACGGACCUACCUGAAUUUGUCCAAUAAUAAACCAGUUGGUUGUUGCUAAACAGUUUGCUACGAUGUGCACUAAUGAAUACAACCCUGAACUGACUGGAAGGAGGUAAUGGACUCUGUGGCUAGCUCGACAUGGGACUUCAAGGACUCUCAUUCUACACUGUUCAUAUGAAGUUUAGCCCUGGGGAACCGUUGUCCCACCCCUCUGAGGUUACUACAGUAGGGAAGCUCCUCCUCCUGAGGUUACUACAGUAGGGAAGCUCCUCCUCCUGAGGUUACUACAGUAGGGAAGCUCCUCCUCCUGAGGUUACUACAGUAGGGAAGCUCCUCCUCCUGAGGUUACUACAGUAGGGAAGCUCCUCCUCCUGAGGUUACUACAGUAGGGAAGCUCCUCCUCCUGAGGUUACUACAGUAGGGAAGCUCCUCCUCCUGAGGUUACUACAGUAGGGAAGCUCCUCCUCCUGAGGUUACUACAGUAGGGAAGCUCCUCCUCCUGAGGUUACUACAGUAGGGAAGCUCCUCCUCCUGAGGUUACUACAGUAGGGAAGCUCCUCCUCCUGAGGUUACUACAGUAGGGAAGCUCCUCCUCCUGAGGUUACUACAGUAGGGAAGCUCCUCCUCCUGAGGUUACUACAGUAGGGAAGCUCCUCCUCCUGAGGUUACUACAGUAGGGAAGCUCCUCCUCCUGAGGUUACUACAGUAGGGAAGCUCCUCCUCCUGAGGUUACUACAGUAGGGAAGCUCCUCCUCCUGAGGUUACUACAGUAGGGAAGCUCCUCCUCCUGAGGUUACUACAGUAGGGAAGCUCCUCCUCCUGAGGUUACUACAGUAGGGAAGCUCCUCCUCCUGAGGUUACUACAGUAGGGAAGCUCCUCCUCCUGAGGUUACUACAGUAGGGAAGCUCCUCCUCCUGAGGUUACUACAGUAGGGAAGCUCCUCCUCCUGAGGUUACUACAGUAGGGAAGCUCCUCCUCCUGAGGUUACUACAGUAGGGAAGCUCCUCCUCCUGAGGUUACUACAGUAGGGAAGCUCCUCCUCC